AUGGUAGAAGCAGCACACAUGGCAUCCAUUUGCGACGACACUCAGGACAUCAGUACCAUAUCAUGGCCCCUCCUCGUACAAGAAACAGCCUCUGACACGUCGCUUAGCAACCUCCUUCAACAGAUUGAACACGGAACGACAACUGCUGACAGCCGCGAUCCUGAUCUCGCACCCUUUGGGCCCAUCCGUGAUUCUAUCUAUGCACAUGAAGGGGUCCUCUUGUACCAGGAUCGCGUCAUUGUCCCCACCUCUCUCCGUCCCCGUGUUCUUCAGCACCUCCACGCAGCCCACCAAGGCACCUCGUCAAUGGAGCAACGUGCUCGCACAAUAAUCUACUGGCCAGGAAUGGCAAGGGACAUCCGUGCCAUCAGAGAACGCUGUUCAGACUGCAAUGGGAAUGCACCAUCACAAGCUGCCACCCCUCCCCUACCAUCGCCGCCACCGUCUACCCCGUUCGAGGCGGUCUUUGCCGACUUCUUCGACUACGGCGGGCAUCACUACUUGGUCGCCGGCGACCGCCUCUCAGGGUGGGUAGAAGUGUUCGGUUCAAAAGCGGGGACCACCCUUGCAGGCGCUGCCGGCCUGACUCGCCAUCUACGCUCCCUCUUUGCCACGUUCGGCGUACCGGAAGAGCUUUCCAGUGAAGGGGGACCCGAGUUCACAGCAGGGGUCACACAGGACUUCCUCCGAGCAUGGGGCGUACGCCACCGUGUGUCAUCCGCGCACUUCCCCCAGUCUAACGGACGGGCAGAGGUGGCCGUUAAAACGGCCAAGCGCCUCCUUAUGUCAAACACUGGUCCGACGGGUAGCCUCGACCAUGACCGUUUCCUACGCGCUAUGCUGCAGCUACGCAACACACCUGACCCAGACUGCAACGUCUUGCCCGCUCAGAUUAUCUUCGGUCGCCCCCUGAGGGACACACUCUCUUUCGUCAACAGACUAGAGAAGUUCUCCAACCCUCACGUCAGACCACUCUGGCGCGAGGCGUGGGCUGCCAAGGAAGACGCCCUCCGCUCCCGUAUCACGCGUACUGCUGAGACACUGAAAGAACAUUCGCGCCCACUCAGACCGCUUGCCGUCGGCGAGAGGGUCUUCCUCCAGAACCAGCAAGGAAGAAACCCUAACAAGUGGGACAGGUCGGGAGUUGUAGUUGAGUCUCCAGGCCACGACCAGUACCGUGUCAAGGUUGACGGGUCCGGACUCCUAACCCUACGCAAUCGUCGAUUUCUACGGGCUUACACUCCAGCCUCUUCAGACAUCAAGCCACCCCCAGCGGUAGCAACACCUCCACACCAACCUUGUCACACAUCAGAGCAGCGACAACGGUCUCAACGCCCCCCAGCCCUGUCCCCACAAAGGACACCUACGACGACGACCCCGCCAUCUGAGUUGGGAUCACCAGAAAAGUCUCCCUUCGCGGACUCUGAUCCAGUGGGUCCCGCAGCUCCCGCCCGCCACCCUCACUACAGCCCUGCCGAGUCGGUGUGUGCACCACUUCCCAACGAAGAGCCUUCAGUGUCCCCUCCGCAACAGGAGAAGGCAGCUGCACUCCCCACGUCCAUGCCGCGCACGCCGACCGCCAAAACGUUACGAGCCUGA